AGCUAUCUUGAUGAGCGUGAGGAAAGUGAGAGGCAGUGGGGAAGUGCAUCUGUUGGUACCUCAUCCUCUCACGUCGUCCCGGACUCCAACCGGUGAUAAUCCAGUUAAUAUCUGCUGGAUAAAGGAGCAGAAGUCACACUGUCUGUACCACGUCAGUAGGCCGGUUCGGCGCGGUCACGUUUAUUUCCUCCCCGCCAAAAAUUCUCCAGAAACUUCGGGUGUUUUUAGCGAAGAAAAGCGGAUAAAAAAAAAUGAACGCGAGUGAGCUAAAUCCCCCGCUAGCGGAGUAUGAUUUCGAGCGGCUUUUCGACGAAAGACGAGCCCUGGAAUGGAUGCAGGAAAACUGGAGCAAGGCGUUCAUGUUCUGUGGCCUGUACGCUGCGCUCGUAUUCGGCGGUCAGCACUUCAUGAGGGAAAGGCCGAAGCUGAACCUGCGACGCCCGUUGGUGCUGUGGUCUCUCAGUCUGGCCAUCUUCAGUAUCAUAGGAGCGCUGAGGACUGGACUGUACAUGCUGCACGUCCUCACAGCCAACGGCUUCAGACAGUCAGUGUGUGACACCAGCUUCUACAGCGCCCCCGUCAGCAAAUUCUGGGCCUACGCCUUUGUUCUUAGCAAGGCCCCCGAGCUGGGUGACACCGUGUUCAUCAUCCUCCGGAAGCAGCGCCUCAUCUUCCUGCACUGGUACCACCACAUCACCGUGCUGCUCUACUCCUGGUACUCCUACAAGGACCAGGUGGCGGGCGGCGGCUGGUUCAUGACCAUGAACUACGUGGUCCACUCGCUCAUGUACACCUACUACGCGGCGCGGGCGGCCGGCCUGCGGGUGCCCCGUCCCUGCGCCAUGGUCAUCACGGCCACGCAGAUCCUGCAGAUGGUGAUGGGCCUGGCGGUCCUGGGCCUGGUAUACUACUGGAUGCACGACGUGCACUGCCCCUCCAACGUGGACAACGUGGUGUGGGGCUUCCUCAUGUACCUCAGCUACUUGGUCCUCUUUGCAUUGUUCUUCUACGACACCUACCUCAGAGGCUCCUCCGGGGACAAAGGAUCCAAGGCAGAGUAGCUCGUCUGUACUGUGCUGCUGAAGUGUGCCAUUACAUAGAAACGACCAACAGCGAGGGGCCACGAAUGUGUGAGUCACAACUAGGUAACUGGUUGCUCGGCCCUCCUCUUUUUAAGACAUUUUCACUUGACUUUUUAUAGGCAUCUGUAGCUUAACACAGUGGAUUUAGAGCGCUAGGAAGGAGAGCGGUUCCAACUGAGCACAGCUUAUGAUCUCAUGAUUAGUUGGGAAUACAGUCUGGGAAUUGAUUUAAGAAGGGGAUGGAGGAAUAACAUGUUUGUGUUUGACUUACAUAGUUCUCACUUCAUUUAUAUGAUUGCCUUGGUGACUCAUGGCCAGUAUAAAACAAACAGCCCUAUGAGGGCUAAAUGAUUGCCAGAGGGGUUUAACAAACGUUUGUAUGUUGUAAUGAAAAAAACUGAUCAUCCUUGAUGUAAACGUUAAAUCUCUGAAGUAGAAAAAAAGAGUACUUUUAUAUUGUUAAAGGAAUAGUUCAACAUGUUGGGAAAUGCUCCGCCUACAGUACUUGCAAACACUUCCUACAAAGAAAGGUUAAAAACAACAUGUGUGAGUUUAGGUGGGAGUUAUGUGCUAGAACUACUUCUUGACAAACAACAGUUCCAUCCAGUAUCCAUCCGCCCGGUACUACUCGUCUCUGAGUAUAGCGCGGGUUGCCAGAUGCAGCCGUUGCACAGGUUUUGGUGUCUGUAGAGAGACAGGCUGUUCUCAUUAACCGUUCGUACACAUAGCUACAAAAAGUAAUGCACUGUAAUUCGUUUGUAUUCCACGUAUUUAUUAUUGUAAGCACCACAUUGACUGUUGCUGUAUAAGACGGCAAAGAUCCACGUAGGUUGGAGGUUGGGGUGGAUGUUUGACUCCUAAAACGCAGGGCUUUCUAGCCAGGGAGUGGAGCUUGUGUCCCGGAAGCAGUUAUGGGAAAAACCCAAGACUUUCACCCAGGAAACAGGUGUCCGUGUCCUGGGAGUACAGCUUAAGGGGAUCGGUGUUUUAACCUAAACCAGAAACUUUCUUUCUAAUCCUAACUAGUCAUUUUGGUGCCUCAACAUAACUGUCAGCACCUUUUUUUUCAAAUAAACAUAACUGUAACAGACGCUAAACUUAACUUUCAUGUUGGCUAAACGCGACCGCUUGGCGCUCGCUGUAAUUUUGUGGGAUAUCAUUGGAACCCGUUUAUGAGAAUGCAUUAAAGGAGACAGUAAUGAUAAAGGUACCAAACACGGCGACAAGACUUCAGGAAGCUGCACACAGUCAAUACUUGUAGAAAGUACUUUCCCCUAAAACAACAAAUGAUCUUUUUAACAUUUCUGUUUAUGUACGUAUAAACACAAACCAGAUAUAACGUGUUAAUAAGUGAGCUUUAGAAGUGCUGCUAGCUUUGGACUGAGCCACACAAGCUGUUUCCCCUUCUUCUUCUAGGCUUUAUGCUGAGCUAAGCUAACCACGCCCCAACUCCAGCGCUUUAACACUCCGACAGAAAGCGUAUAAGUGUAACGACCCAAAAUGUUGAACUAUUCCUUUUAAAAUAAUGUCCGUUUGAGCCCUAGCCCAACUGUGACCUGCAGGAUAGUGAGUUUAUGAUUACCAAAAGGGAAUGACGACUUCACAAUGCACUGAAUGAAAGAAGGGUGUUUUUUCAUAUUUAGUUUUAAAACACACACAGACAGACAGACAGACAGACACAGAUUUAAAUAUGUAGGUUCAAAAACUGUUCUCAUAAAUCACAGGGCAUCUUUUAUUAUUAACCUGUGUGUGUUGACAGUAAGAUGAGCCAUGCUGCCGACACGCUUAUUUGAAUAA